GGGAGGGGGGAGGAGAGCCAAGCAGAAAGAAGUAUUUCAAAGGUGAUGACGGCGAUAAGAUUUUAGUCGCGGUCCAGUGGCUGUCGCCCUUUCUGCGUGACAAGUGCGUAUGAUAAGGCAAGAUUGAGUUCCACUCAAGAUUUGACCAGAACCCUGUGACAGUUCGACGGAGAGGUGCCAAGUAGUACUUACACGUAAAAUGAAUCUCUGCCUGAAACUUUCUUCUGCUGUGAGACAGGCAGCGAAAUCAUCACUGAGACAGCGACCACCCCUAGCUAACGCGUUUCAGCAGAGAGCAAUGUCCUCCGAGGCUGAAGACGAAGUCAUCGCUCAGGAUGCUGGGGACUGUGGAGUUAUGAUUUUAAACCGACCCAAGGCGCUCAAUGCAGUCAAUCUCAACAUGGUUCAAAGGAGCUAUGAUACUUUACUGAGAUGGGAGAAAGAGAAAAAGUUAGUUAUUGCGAAAGGAGCUGGAGGUAAAGCAUUCUGUGCCGGUGGAGAUGUUAGAACUAUUACGCUUGAUAAUAAGAAAGGUGGAGACUACGGCAAGCGCCUCUUCAAACAGGAAUACAUGUUGAACUGCCUUAUUGCAACAUAUACCAUUCCUUAUGUUGCUUUGAUUGAUGGUAUUACUAUGGGAGGUGGCCUUGGUUUAUCUGUUCAUGGUCACUAUCGUGUUGCCACAGAAAAAACAUUGAGCGCUAUGCCCGAGACAGCAAUUGGCCUGUUUCCAGAUGUGGGCGGCAGCUAUUUCCUUUCACGGCUCAAAGGAAAACUUGGAAUAUACCUAGCUCUGUCGGGUUACAGGCUGAAGGGAGUAGAUAAUCUUUUUGUUGGAUUUGCCACGCAUUAUUGCCCCAGUGCUGAAAUACCUAAAAUCGAAAAAGAUAUUUUGACCACUAAAAAUCCCAGCCAAGUUUUGAAGCCUUAUGAAAAAGUUCCUGAAGGGUCCAAAUUCAGCUUGGAACCUCAUAUCAACAAAAUUGAUAGUAUUUUCUCUGCACCCACAAUGGAAGAAAUUUUCCAGAGGCUUGAAAGAGAUGGUUCGGACUGGUCUAAGGAAACCUUGGCCAGUUUGAAGAAACUUUGCCCUCUGUCAAUGAAAAUAACACUGAAACAACUUCAACUUGGUGCCGAUCUCAGUCUCCAGGAAUGCCUUCAAAUGGAGUACCGUCUUGCAUACAGAUCUUGUGAAGGACCCAAUUUUAUUGAAGGUGUGAGAGCCUUGCUGAUUGACAAGGAUCAGAACCCCCAAUGGAUUCCCCCAUCAAUUGAAGAAGUGACUCAACAGAUGGUUGAUGAUUUCUUUGCCCCAUUGGACCCUGAGAAAGAACUGAAACCUCGAAGUGGGCCAAAGUGCUCGCUCUGAGAACAUCAAAUAUAUGUAUGGUACAAAAUUGAUUGAAAUUUCUUGGUGACAUAGCUCCGGUAUGGAAAUCCCUUUCUGUCUAAGUGACUUAAAAAGAAUUAUUGCUAAGCAUAUUGUUGAAGGAAAUUAAAGGAUAAUUAACUGCCAUUUGUGUUAAGAAUAGGCAUUCUGACUAGAUCUGCUUUUAUCAUGUGUUGAGAUUGUCCCAUUUGUCUGUGAUCAACUGAGCAGUUCCAAGGUGUAAAAAACUAGAGGUAAAGUGCACCUGUGAUAUUUUUACUACAAUUUUCUAUCCUUAAAAGGUUGUUACAAUAAAAAGCUGAUGUGCCAUUA